GGAGAUUGUGCAAUAGGUAUCGUAAGUUGAUGGGAGGCUGCCUGCGAAUCAAGCAAUUGAAACCGGCAAACUUGAUGGUCAAGUCUCUUGGGAAAUUCAACUGGUAUAAAUAGUUCCCUGAUACCCCAAUUAUGCCGGCUGCAAUGAUGAAUAUCAACACCUUCCUUCAAGCAACAUCACUGAAAGCUCAAUGACAAACCUUUUGGGGAUAACAAUGCAACGACUCGCGAGUGCCCUCAUUCUUUUCACAAGCUUAGGAUGCAAAGCCGACAGUUCGCAUGAUCCAGGCAUGGUCUAUGGAUUUGACAAUAUUGGACCAUCAACCAACCUCACGUGGACACCAUGUUUCGAUGACUUUACAUGCUCUAGACUGGAAGUUCCUUUGGAUUAUUCAAACAAAAGUCUUGGCACGACGUCAAUCGCCUUCAUAAAACUGGCUGGCAAGAAUGCCACCGUCGAGUCCCCGAGCAUUGUACUCAUCCCCGGCGGUCCGGGUGGUUCUGGUGUCGACCUGCUCCUCACAAACCAAGCCCUGCCAGGGCAAAUCUUCGGAGAGCAGUACAACUUCGUCUCUUUUGACCCUCGCGGCGUGAACAACAGCGGCUUGAGCCUCGACUGCUUUUCGGGGAACGCAGAAGCAAGAUUGGCCUUUAAUCGGCUGCACAGGACAGGCGUCACCAACAUUUCAUCAACGUCGCUUGAGGAACAGUACUAUUCAAGUUCCAUCUACGGAGAGUGGUGCAACGAUGCUGUCGAGAAGGAGUCGCCUCAUGGAUAUUAUGUGACAACACCGGCGGUCGCCCACGAUUUGCUCACAUUUAUAGAAGCUGAGGCCGAGGUGGCCGGCCAGUCACCAUCAGACGCCAGAUUGUGGUGUUAUGGCAUCAGUUACGGCACUGUCGUCGGUACCACUUUCGCUUCCAUGUUUCCUGACCGCGUUGGGAGAAUGAUACUCGAUGGUAUUGUGAAUGCAGAGCAAUAUUAUAACAACGACUGGAGGGACAACGUUGAUCAAAUGGACCUGGCCAUGGAAAAGUUCUCGAGUUUUUGCCAUUCCGCAGGCCCUGAAAAGUGUUCCUUCUGGGGACCCACGCCAGCUGAAAUCACGGCCAGAAUGGACCGCAUCAUUCAUCAGCUUCAAAACCAUCCAGUCCCGAUAAGCGGAGUUCAACGUCGAGACCUGCCGACAAUGGUCACCUACUCAGACCUGAAGGCCCUUUUCUUCAACACUAUCUACAAUCCAGUGGCGUCCUUCCCAGCCAUGGCCGACAUCCUACACCAGAUCGAGCGCGGGGACGUGUCUGCUCUUGCGGGUAGGUUUGACGGGUUAGAUAUUACAUCCGACGCCCGUCUCGCUAUCCAGUGCGCCGAUACGUAUCGGAGAAACAGGCUCACAACCAUUGAAGCAUUCAAGAGUCAAGUCGAGUAUGCGGUUUCCAAGAGCAAAUACAUCGGCGAUAUCUACCCCAUCUCCCUGGAAAUUAUCUUGUGUAGAUCAUUCCGACCACAAUUGCCUGAUAGCAUGGUGGUUCAAGACCCAAUAAGCGGACUACAACGGAAUACUUCCUUCCCGAUCCUAUUUGCGAGUAAUACCAUUGACCCUAUAACGCCCUUAAUAUCGGCGCGUACCAUGUCUUCUCGAUUUCCCGGAUCGGUACUCCUAAUGCAAGAAGCCGUUGGGGUAAGUUGUUACCAGACCUCAAUCACACCAAAAUCUUAAACAAGAGUCUAAGCUUACUCGUGGGGUGUUUCUCUCGAAUGCAGCAUACAGUCAUUAACCUGGGGGGGUCAAACUGUUACUUUGGGCAUAUCCAGGCAUACCUUCAAGGCAUAGUUCCACCGUCCAACAUUACAUGCCCGCAGCAGUACAUACCUUUCAUAGGCGGCCCGGUUUGAAAAUUCUUGAAGCCGUGGAGGAGGGGUUCGUAAGUUCCAGGUAGGAAUUGGCUAGUGCCGCCACCGUGCUUGAAUGUCUCGAGCAUUGCGGACCUAGCGUUUCUAUACGUGGGAUUGAGGGUUAAAGGCUGGAUUCAAAGGCUGCCGUCGUGUUGGGGUUACCUCGGAUCAUAGUGGGCUAGCUCUAUUGAUCUAUCCUAGCUACCUUGCACGUACAGUUAAAAUGAAGGCACCUAC